ACACUGUAAUGUAUUUAUGAGUGUGCACGUAGAAGCAAACGGAUAAAAUAAAAGAAUUUAGGAAAGUUGCAGAAGAAGCAAAAUGAUGAUGUCAUUUGGCCUUGGAAUCUCUACGAACUGCAGCUGGUUGAGAUGUCACGCCCGAAUGCCUCCUUCAUGUUCCAUGUUUUCCCAUGUUUCAAUGUCUUCUUCACCUUCUUCUUGUUCCACCUUCAACUCUAAAUCUAAUAAUAAGCUCAACUGGACUCCAAUAAGAGCAUCCUCUGAAGGACUUCCUAAUGAGUUAGUUGAAGAUUCAAAAUUUGUUCCUAUAAAUGUUGAGGAUCCUAGAUACGGUCCACCUGUAAGUCAUGGGGUUUCUUUUAUUUUGCAGGCCUUAUUGUUGUUGGGAUUUGAAGCAGAUGAACAUUUUAAGAUUCAACAGUUUUUGAAAGAGUUAGAGGGUGAAUUCCUGAAGGUCAUCUAUUGUACCAAGGACAUGCUUACGCAUUCACUUUGGGAUGUAAUGCAUACAACACAAGAGAGUUUAGAAGAGGUCAAGAUAGACAAGUCACUUCCACGAAUAUGUUUCUUAUCUGGUUUAAGUGGAGAGGAGACGAUGAUGUUCGUUGAUGCUUUCCCUGAAACUGGACUAAAACCAGCCGCGUUUGCGGCUCUUGUUCCCAACAGUGCUAACAAACCACUAUAUGAGUUGAUAGAAGAAAUCACGGGAGAUCAUGAGAUGUUGACCGGAGAACAGUUGUGAUAAAAUUCCCAGUGAAUUCUAGGAGCACACUCGCGGAGCAUACGCAUUAUCAAUAUGAAUGUACUUAGAUUUGAAGUGUAUAAAAAACUAAUUCCAAAGAUUAUUCAAGUUAGCAAUUGAUUGUUUAUGUCUUUAUGAGCAUAUGCCUACUGGAACUGGAAAAUAUGGACGAGUCUUUUGUUAUUUGAAAUUUUCAAAAAAAUUGAAGAUGUUCUAAAUAAA